AAUAAUGGGAGGAGAGUUGAUGGUGAGCCACUUGUCCUGCUCCGGCACCCUCAUGUCUUUUAUUUUUAUUUUCACGAUUUUCCCUCUCUCUCUCCUGAAUGCUUGCUAACUCAAAUCUUGCACUAGGACCAAAUGAAGGAGCAAUCUACACGAUUCGGCACCCAAGUUAUCUCAGAGACCAUUGCUAAGCUGGACCUCUCAUCACGACCUUUCAAGUACGAGACCGAGUGGGCACCCGGUACCGUCCACACCGCCGACGCCGUCAUCCUGGCUACUGGUGCCUCAGCGAAGAGACUGGGUCUUGAGGGCGAGGAGAAGUACUGGCAAAACGGUGUCAGCGCUUGCGCCGUGUGCGAUGGUGCCGUGCCCAUCUACAGAAACAAGCCUCUGGUUGUCAUUGGUGGUGGUGACAGUGCCGCUGAGGAGGCCACUUUCCUGACAAAAUACGGUAGCCACGUUACCGUAUUAGUACGCAAAGAGCAGUUGAGAGCCAGCAGCAUCAUGUCAAAGCGCCUGCUGGAGCACCCCAAGGUUACAGUCUUGUUCAACCAUGAAGGUGUCGAGAUCAAGGGUGACGACAAGGGUCUCAUGAGCCAAAUGGUUAUCAAGAACAACAAGACUGGCGAGCAAAAGACCAUUGAUGCAAACGGUCUGUUCUACGCUAUUGGCCACGACCCGGCCACCAGCCUGGUCAAGGGCCAAAUGGAUACCGACGACCAAGGAUACGUCAAGACGGUGCCCGGCACCUCGCUAACCAGCGUUGAGGGUGUAUUCGCUGCUGGUGAUGUGCAAGACAAGAGGUAUAGACAGGCCAUCACUAGUGCAGGGUCUGGAUGCAUGGCAGCUUUGGACGCUGAGAAGUUUUUGGCUGAUAAUGAGGUUGAGGAUCGUGAGGGUACCAACCCCGAGGGUAUCAAGCAGCCCAACCAGGCCACGGCUCAAAUUUAGAGUUAAGACCCGCCGGAAGUGUGAUUCUGAGCGAAUGCGUUACCUGCAAGACCCUAGGUCUCGCGUAUGACUAAGCCCCAA